GAGGCUGAGAGAGAGAGGGCGGUGAUGCACAAAAUAGAUGGCUAGAGCGAAAAUAACGGUUUUAAAAAAAAAUACCGCUGCGAGAUAGGUAGAAGAAUAGAGAAAUCGAAACGGGAACUGGUGAGGGAAAGGAGAGGGGGAGAAAGGGGGAAUAAUGCUUUGAUAUGAACGAGAGAAGGAGAAAGGGAGCGAUGUGAAACAAGGGUGCAAUAAUGAUAUUGGCGUUUUUCUUCAAUAACUCAACCCGGCCUACGAUUUAUAGCGUACAGUAAGAUAAAGAUAGAGAGAGAGAGAAAGAGAGAGAGAGAGACAGAGAGGUGGGCCGGUCUAUUGUCUAUCUGCAGCCUUUCUGCACUGUCAAGGAAACGGAGGUUGGGGAACCAGCGAACAUCACCUUUGAAAUUCUUCAAUUGGAAAUCGCUCCCCUCAUCUCUCCACCCUUCUACACAUCCCAACGCACUCCACCUAUCCGUACCCCCCCACCCCAACCCAACCCCCACCCCCACCCCCACCCCCCUCCUCUCUCUCAAUUCAAAACCACAACAAGAAUGGGAUGUAGCGAUGGGGGAACCUCAGAACCGGCAAUGGACCUUCUCCAAUCGCAAUGAUUGAAUCUUAAGUCUGCUUCUAGAUGUGCUGUUCCGCCUGUGUCGCUGUUCCUGUUUAUUUCUCCUCUUCUUCUUCUUUUCGCUGGGUUUGAUUAGGUAGCUGGCUGUUUAGAUGACGGCCAGGAUGUCUACAAAAGAUUCCUCGGCCGCGGCUCAGUCGGCGCAAUACGUUGGGCCUUACCGUCUGGAGAAAACCCUAGGAAAAGGGCAAACGGGUCUGGUGAAACUGGGAGUGCACUGUAUAACUGGACAGAAAGUGGCCAUCAAGAUUGUCAACAGAGAAAAACUCUCCGAGUCUGUCCUCAUGAAGGUGGAGCGGGAGAUCGCCAUCCUCAAGCUGAUUGAACACCCCCACGUUCUGAAGCUCCACGAUGUGUACGAGAACAACAAGUACCUGUACCUGGUUCUGGAGCACGUCUCGGGCGGAGAGCUUUUCGAUUACCUCGUGAAAAAGGGCCGACUCACCCCCAAGGAGGCGCGCAAAUUCUUCCGCCAGAUCAUCUCGGCUCUAGAUUUCUGCCACAACCACUCCAUCUGUCACAGAGACCUGAAGCCGGAGAACCUGCUCCUGGAUGAGAAGAACAACAUCCGCAUCGCUGACUUCGGCAUGGCGUCCCUGCAGGUGGGAGACAGCCUGCUGGAGACCAGCUGUGGCUCUCCUCACUACGCUUGUCCGGAGGUGAUCAGGGGAGAGAAGUACGACGGCCGCAGAGCAGACGUGUGGAGCUGCGGGGUCAUUCUGUUUGCACUGCUGGUGGGGGCGCUCCCGUUCGAUCACGAUAACCUGCGGCAGCUCUUGGAGAAGGUGAAGAGCGGAGUGUUCCACAUGCCUCACUUCAUCCCCCCCGACUGCCAGGCCCUGCUGAAAGGCAUGAUCGAGGUCAACCCAGACAAGAGGCUGUCGCUGGAGGACAUUCAGAAGCACUCCUGGUACCUGGGGGGUCGUAACGAGCCGGCCCCCGAGCAGCCCCCCCCUCGCAAGAUGACUGUGCCGAGGAUCGCCUCGCUGACCGAGCUGGACCCCGACGUGCUGGACAGCAUGUACUCGCUGGGCUGCUUCCGAGACCGGGGCAAGCUGACCAGAGACCUGCAGAACGAGGAAGAUAACCAGGAGAAGAUGAUCUACUACCUGCUGCUCGAUCGCAAGGAGAGAUACCCGAGCUGUGAGGAUGAAGACCUGCCCCCCCGAAAUGACUUGGACCCCCCUCGGAAGCGCGUGGACUCUCCCAUGCUUUCCCGUCACGGCCGCUGUCGCCCCGAGAGGAAGUCCAUGGAAGUUCUGAGCGUGACUGACGCGGGGUCUCCCACCCCACCUCGCAGGGCUCUCGAUACUGCCCAGCACAGCCAGAGGUCCCGCUCUGUGAGCGGUGCUUCAACAGGCCUCUCCUCCAGCCCUCUCAGCAGCCCCAGGAGCCCCGUAUUCACAUUCAGCCCAUCCGACGUGGCGGCCGCCGCCAGGGAGCCCCGCCCAUCGCCCGCGCCCGCCCCCCGAGGACCCCAGCCGUCCCACCGGGUGCCCGACCCCAAAACGCAAACCCUGCCAGCCAAGGUGUCGGAAAAAACCCACCUCCAUCCCAUCAAGUCCCUCCCUCUCCGCGACUCCCCCUCCCCUACCUCCCCUUCCCCCGCCUCUUCCACCUCGACCGCCUCUCCUUCCCCCUUCCCUUCCGUCUCACUCCCCACCGCUCGCUUCUUCUUCUUCCCUUCCAAACCGCCUUCCAAAUGUGUACCCCCUGCUCCUGCUCCUCUCCUGCAGGUCACCCCUCACCCCUCUCCCCGGGGCAGCCCCCUGCCCACCCCCCUGGGCACCCCGGUCCACGGGCCCCCCCCACCGCGGGGGGAAGGCAGCAGUGGCAGUGGGAGCAGCUGCAGCGCGGGCUCAGUCACCCCGCCCUCCAGCCCUGGCGUGGGGGGCAGCAGCUCGGCUCACUGGAGGACCCGACUCAACUCCUUCAAGAACAACCUGCUGGGGUCCCCUCGCUUCCACAGGAGGAAGAUGCAAGUCCCGACAUCGGAAGACAUGUCCAGCUUGACCCCAGAAUCUUCUCCAGAGUUGGCGAAAAAGUCCUGGUUUGGGAAUUUUAUCAGCAUGGAAAAGGAGGAGCAGAUCUUCGUGGUGAUCAGAGACAAGCCACUGAGCUCCAUCAAGGCUGAUAUCGUCCAUGCCUUCCUGUCAAUUCCCAGUCUCAGCCACAGCGUGAUCUCCCAGACCAGCUUCCGGGCAGAGUACAAGUCUUCCGGAGGGCCCUCGGUGUUCCAGAAGCCGGUGAAGUUCCAGGUGGACAUCACGUAUUCCGAGGGGGGGGCGUCCGAGAGCAGGAAAGAGAACGGGAUCUACUCCGUGACCUUCACCCUCAUAUCAGGCCCCAGUCGCCGUUUCAAGAGGGUGGUGGAGACAAUACAAGCCCAGCUUCUCAGCUCUCAUGACCAGCCCUCUGUGCAGGCUCUAGCAGAUGAGAAGAAUGGUCAGCUCUCUCGAGCUCCCGGCACUCCGACACGUCAGAACUCCCGACGGUCGGAGGGCGAGGUGGCGGAGCUUCACCGCAGGGGGUCAGGCAAGGACAAAGCCCGCCUCCUCCCUUCCAAUGGGACGCAAUCCCAGCCGUAACCCACGGCAACCAAGCGAGCGACCUAGCAACCAGGCAAGCAACCAUCUAACCAACCAAACGACAGACAGACUGACCGACAGGACAAUGGGACAAUGGAUUCACCCUCAGAGGUUUGAGCCAAUAGGAAUUCAAAGGGAAACUCGUCUCAACCAAUAGGAUGAAGGAUCCACCCAUAAAGAUCUGCAACUGGGACUGACAGACAGACACGGACAGACCGACAGACUGUAAGACAACCAUUGUGUAACUUGAAGACAUAUAGAUAGGUAGAUAGUUAGCCAUGCUCCAAGCAUAUGUUGGAAUUCUGUGUAGCUAAAAAAAAAGUUUCUGAGAGCUAAGCAGAUGGACAUACAGACCAACAGAAGUCUUUGUGUCCAGCUGUUUAUAAGUACAGAUGGUUUGACAAUGCCUGCUCGCUUCAGAACCAGAGAGAGUGAGACUGUGGGUCUGAUUAGUUUAAUUUGACAAGGCUUGAAGGAGACCCCCUUAACCAAGACCCCAUUUGGACGGACGGGAAACAUUUUGAGAGACGUCGCUCGAGGAACGGGAUGAUUAUCAUCUUUAAGGGUGAACAGUUUGACAAACAGAAACUCGCAUGAAGGGAAACCGACUUGAAAGGGAGACGACACACAGUUUUUAAACCAAUCUAAGACACCGCUUGGACGGUGAACUGCUUUCCAGUAAACAAACAAACGCCUGCAAAAAAAAUAAAACACAUGAACUCAAAUACAGAACAACACACACACACACAGAGGCACGUUCGUGCUUCCCUGAGCCAAAACUACGGUUAGUAUUAUCACAAGGGUGU